CAAAGUGUUUCAACAAGCCUGUUGCGCGAGCGAGAGCCCAGCUCGCGCGCUCCGCCACUAAAAGCGUCUCCGGCAUGAGAAGACGGAGCGCCUGUCGAAAGAGGGAGUAAGCACUGUGUCAUCCCCGUCCAAAAGGAUUAAAGGCAAUGCCAGGGAAUUAUGUCUUUAUCUUCUGAGAUGGAGAAAAUCUCGACCGAAGAUGACGGUGAGGACUCAGGAGCAGAGACCGGAGGGUCAGAUUACAGCCGCAUGUCCACGGCAAGCAGCGACCUGUCGAGGCGUGUCAUGCCGGACCCGUACCUGGUUUCCGUGCAUAUCAUCACAGACCCCGGCACGGCCAAGCCACUGCAGCGUGCCGCCGAUGCCGCCCUGUCAUGGGUACACCCAGAGCUGCGGCUCCUCUGCGUGUCCGAGCGCGGGCCCGGCCAGUGCCACCCCAAGCGGGCCCCUGUUUCCAGUGGCAGCGUGGCCGUUCCCGUGCUGGCGAUCGUCCUAUUUCUCCGGGAGAGGCCAGCCGCAUGCCUCCAUGGUGCACUGCAGUUCCCCCCCUGGUGCCACCACCACACGGAACGGCCAGAGGGACACCGCUCACCCCUGCCCCCUGCUGGUCUGGACUUGUUCACGCUUGGCCCAGGAACUCCACCAUGGGCCGUGCGGCAGGUCCACUAUGGCCGUGAGGUGGUGCGUCUGGCGGUGAGCUGCCGGCACGAGCACUUUGGAGACAUGGUGCGCCUGUACAGUCUGCUGCUGCACCGCCGUCCGGCCCAAGCCACCAGCGCCUUCUGCUUCUUUGUGCUGUACUCCACCCCUGACAUGGAGAUCCAGCUGUCUCUCAAGAGGCUGCCACGCCGCCAGAGCCCCACCCCCACCGAGGUCGCCAUCCUGGAGUUCCGUGUCCAGGACGUGGGGGCACUGGUGCCCCUGCUGCCCCGGCCGUGCACCCCCAUCAGCGCAACACGCUGGCAGACCGAAGACUACGAUGGUAACAAGAUCUUGCUGCAGGUUCCAGGCUCUGCCAGACACCGGAGGAGACACACAUUAGUGCAGCUGCACAGCCUCCUGGAUGGCUCCUGCCCUGCACUGGAUGCCCCCCCCUCCGAUCCUGAGCCUGUGCCCUUGCCCCAGGACACUCACGGUCCCCCAUCCCAGAGGAGCUAUUGCAGCCACCCACACGCCCCCCACCUCAGGAACCAGGCCCAGUCGCAGGCUUCUCUGCAGGACCUGCUGCCAGUUUAUUGGGAGGAGGAAUCCAGGCGUCAUCGAGACCCAGGGGCUGCCAGGAUGCGGCGGACGGGUCAGCGAACCCCCUCGCUCUUCUCCUUGUCCGUCACAGAUGUAUCCUUGCUUCCCUCAUCCACCCCCCACUUCCCAGCUCCCUCCCGCUGCUCAUUUGUGGCCCCUCCCUUCCGUCUUAAUGUGGACAUGCUUGUUGGCGCCGUUGAGACAGAUGUGGACACGGGACAGACACUGGACAGGUGGGGCACGCUAGACCUCUCUGUGGUGUCAGGCUACUCACACCCCCGGCCCUGUCCUCGGCCUGUCUCUGCGCCUCCUCUUGGCCCCGAGUCAUCCCUCUUGGGUCAGUGUUAUGGCCCCCAUGAUACAUUGAGUCUCGUACCCUCUCGUUCCCCGGGCAGCAUUUCCGCCUCCAGGCCAGCCUCCACCACGCCCCGGGCCCCAGACCCAGUGCCCAGCCGCACCUGCCCCCCACUCAGCAAAUCACAGACUGGCACCCCACAUACAGAGGAAGAUCAGGAGUUCUACAUCUGAAUGGGGAUGAAUGGCACAUUCUGACCCCUGGGAAGAGUACAAAGAUUUUACCCUGUUCAGUUUAGUAGUGGAGUCAGUUAAAGAACACUCUUAGGCCUGCAUCUGUGAGGUAUAUUAUUAAUAUGACCAUUAAAAGUAUUUGUAUAAGGAAGUUCAGUAUUUUUAUGAUUGUUAUUGCUGUUGUUUUUGUCAAGAUCAAUUUGAUCAUAGUCCCUAUAUAAUUUAAAAAUGUGCUGAGACACUUCCUUUAGGUGAAGACAGGUCAGUCUACCUGAAGUGGUUAACAGAGUUCAGUCUUAAUCCCAGAAUGCAUGACUGCAGAGAGCAGAAAACAUUAACAAAAUAAAGAGUGCAGGAUGCCUGCAUCCAUAAAUUUUUAAGAUAAAUAUUUGUAAGCUGCACAGCAAAUCCCCAUUGCUGAUUCAUACCAGUCCAGCUACUGCAAUUUUUUUUUAUUUAUUUUUUUUUUGUAAAUCUGCAUCUCCCUCUAGUGGAAGAAUAGUGUGAAAAUUUGUGUUCAUGUCCUUUUUUAUAAAUGGCAUAACUAAAUGAACAAUGGCCAGGUCCAUUCCAGUUUCUGUGAAUUCCGGGGGUUCAUUUAGAAAUGUAUGCAUGUGUUUUUUUACAUUUUAAAAUACAUUUAAUGUCACUAAGUUUUAUAUAAAUCCUGG